CUUGCCACUUGUUUUGCGCUGCAAAGUUCUGCACAUGCCAGUUUGCAUCGCUACUUCACAAAUCUAAAAGUGUAAUGAAAAGUGUAAUGAACGUUUCCCUUAAAGUUCUGGAUGCUGCGUAGACCUCUGAGUGGUAUCAUCCAAUUUUGAUGGCUUCCAUAUUCGACCAGUAUGAGGAAUCCGCCCGAUCGUUGCCGCGUGCUUCGUCGCAGAGUGCGGUUCUGGGCAGCAGCGUGGGCAGAGGUGCCUCACCAGCUGGUUCCAAUCCCUUCGCCACCCCCACACCGCGGACGAUCAAGAGCCGUCAGAUGCCUGCUGUCCCCGAGACACCCAUCUUCAACAAAGAGCGUAUUGAGUUUCAGAUUCCCAACGGCAAGAGUGUCUCGCGCAUGGCCGUCUGCGACCGUCUAGUCCUCCUUUACACCAAAGACAACACGCUCUGCCGCAUCGAUCUCCGCAGCAAUCCCGACCAGAUCGAAUCCAUGGACAUCCGCACCAGUUCCCCCAACGACGGCGUCGAGGACAUCUUCCUGGAUCCGCUGGGCCGGCACAUCCUCCUAGCCAUGCGCUCCGGUGAGGUGCUGUACUUCUCGCGUCAUUCCAAGAAAUCGCGCACCAUUCUGAAACUGCGCACGCACAUCCUGACUGCCGUCGGCUGGAACUACCAGGUGCUUGAUUCCCCCGCCGGACCGCUACCCAUUCUUUUAGGGACUCAACAGGGGGUGAUAUUCGAGACGGAAUUCAAUGCCAGCGCCGCGGAAGCCUCGACGGUGUUCCUGGCAGCCAGUGUAGAGUCGUAUUGGAAGCAGGUGUGUAAUUUGGCCCAGCCGGAGCCAGUACACAUUCGCGGGAUCUAUUUCGACCGGUUAAAAGGAAAAUCCGGAAUGUAUGCGGUGCUGGUGGCCACCAAUACCCGUCUGUACCAGUUCCGGGGAACGCUGGGAAGCACUACCGAUGCGCCGCUGUUUCAGGAGAUUUUUAUGUUGGAUCCGGAAAAACCGAUGACUAACUUUUUGGAGCUGCCGGGGAAUCCGCGCCACUGCUGUCUGGCCGCGUGGCGACCGGUACAAAAUUCCACGUCUCCGUCGUCCUUCGCAUGGCUGAAUGAGCCUGGAGUGUAUUACGCGGAUAUCGGAAUAACGGGCGAUACACCCGACAGUUACGUGCUAGUGAAUCCGCAGCUGUAUACGUUUCCCAAGGAAAAAGAUAAGGGUAACCGACCCUUGUCCCUGGUGACGACGGAGUUCCAUGUGCUGAUUCAGUAUCCGACGGGUGUGCGGGUGUUGUCCAAGUUGUCCUGCCAGAUUGUCUUUGAUGAUGUGUUCAGUGUGGAACGGUAUGGGAAGCUUAUGGGCAUCUGUCGAGAUCCGGCCAGUGGAACGGUGUGGGUGUAUUCGGAGGCGGCGGUGUAUCGGUACAAAAUAACGGAUGAAAGUCGGAAUGUGUGGAGAAUUUAUUUGGCUAAGGGAGAUUAUGAUUCCGCUCUAAGGUUUUGUCAGAACGACCCGUCAGUCAGCAAUAUGGUGCAGAUUUUAAAAGCCGAAUCGCUACUGCAACAAGGACAAUAUGAGCAGAGUGCGGAAAUCUACGCCACUAGUGAAGCUGCUUUCGAGGAGGUUGUCCUGAAGUUCAGUCGUCUCCGACAGGAGAAAGCGCUCAAGUUGCUCUUGCUCAAGAAGGCUGAGUUGUUCAAAUCCAACACUCGGUCGCCACAGUUGUUCAUGGUUUGCUCCUGGCUCAUGGAGAUCUAUCUGAACCAUUUGCAGCAGCUGAAAACCACGGAAAAAGAUCAGGUUGCGUACAAAGAAUUACUUGGCGAAUUCCGUGAAUUCAUGGCGAAUCCUCAAUUUACCGAUGUUUUUACUUCCUCCCCGGAUGUUUUCUGUUCCAUUCUGCUUAGCCACGGCGCCGAUGAAGAAUACCUUUUUCUAGCCAACCAUCUGGGUGACAGUCGGCGUCUCAUUGAAUUCUAUCUGGAACGCCAAAUGUACAAGGAAGCUAUCCGUGUGCUCUCCACCCAGACCAGUGCCACGCCGGCAGGGAAUGCCGCCGAAUUGAUCUACGACUUCUCGCCGCAGCUGAUGCGUCAUGUUCCGAAGAUGAUGGUAGAUCUGUGGAUCAGCAAAAAAACAUUGAAUCCUCAUCGUCUGCUGCCCAGUCUCCAGCGGUACAAUGGAACGGCGAUGGACGGAGAGGCUGGAGAAGUGGUGCGGUUUCUGGAAUACUGUGUGUUCGGAGUGGGCACGAUGGAUGGAUCGUUGCAUAAUUAUCUGGUAGGGAUGUAUUGUCGGAUGCGAAAUGAGGAGGCUCUGCUGCAGUAUCUAUUGACGAUUGAUGAAGAAUGCAAGCGAAAGAACAUGGAGUUGUAUGACCGUAAAGGAACGCUCCGCCUUUGCGUCGAGCACACCCUGCCGCGCGCCGCUGUCCACCUGUACUGCGUUCUGGACCUGCACAUCCAAGCGGUGGAAUUGGCACUGAAAUUCGAUCCCGACCUGGCCAAGAGCAUCGCCAAAUCCUUCAGCCUGGACAACGACACCCGCAAGCGAUUGUGGCUGCUGAUCGCUCAGUACAUGGUCACGCAAGACUCAGACAUUUCCAAAGCCACCGAGCUGCUGCAUGAAUCUGGGGAUAUUAUUAAAAUCGAGGAUAUUCUGCCGUUCUUCCCGGACUUUGUGACGAUUGACGAUUUCAAGGAGGCCAUCUGUGCAUCGUUAGAGGAUUAUAAUCGGCAUAUCGGAACGCUGAAAGGUGAGGUCGAAGAAGCGACAAGAGAAGCGGAGGAUCUGCGGGGAGAGAUCAGUGAAUUCCGUAGUCAGUGUAUGUUUAUCAAUGGAGGCGAAGUGUGUACCAAAUGCCGGUUGCCCUUAUUGACUCAACAGUUUUAUGUCUUUCCUUGCAAACAUCAUCUACAUGCGGAUUGCCUGAUGGCACUGGUUCGGCCUAAUUUAAUGGGGAACAAGCCAGUGCUGGUGGAUGACUUGCGUAAGCAAUUGGAGACUAUGAGGGAACAGGAUGACAGUGCGUCUUUGCACUCCUUCGGAUCCGGGGGAGCGGCGGGGACGUUAAGUAAGCGAGAGAUGGUCAAGCAGGAAUUAGAGGAUCUAAUAGCCUCCGAAUGCCCCUUCUGCGGGCUGCUCAUGAUUAAGUCGGUGGAUUUGCCCUUUAUCAGUCCCGAUGAAUACGAUGCCGUUACCGGUAGCUGGCAGUGAUCGUGAUACAUGUGAAAUCGAGUUACUUUUUUUCGAUUAAAUGCUGUACGACAUCGAUGAGUACAGUACUUACCUUGCGCUUCGUUGGUGAUGUUGCUUAAAAGUGCUAGUAAUAUGAUUGAUUGUUUUUUAAGUGCUGAUAUUUCGGUUACCGUUUGUGAUGAUUUGAGUAGCUUGUUUCUGUUGUCUUGUUACCAUGCUGUUGUGAUUUUAUUUAAGUCGAAGAAUAUUAUUGUGUAUUUAUGA